CGGGCGACGGAGGCCCUCGGGGCGGGCAAGCAGAGGUCGCGGCACGCGGCACUCCUCGCUCUCCUGGUAGAAGCUAGACCAGUCCUCGUCUGCAAUCCGCAUGCUGUGAUCCAAGUCGUCCAUUCUGACACCUCACAUGCUUUCCUGGGAGUAGAAAUGACAACACGAAGAGGCUGCAAGGGGGAACUCGAGUGGAAAAGUUGGAGGAGGCUUGUUGAAGUACUGUUUCUAAAGUCAAGGAGCAGCGAAAAGAAUGAAUCACACGGUGAGCAACAAAGAAUUGCUGAACACACCAUUAACAGGAUGCAGUUUUGGCGAGAGCAUUCGCAAAGCCUUUCUCAGGAUGUGAGUUUGUCAUCCAGAAACUCCCAGCAAAGUUCACAAGAGUGUAGUGACGCAAAGGUUUCAAGCAAUUAUCAGUCCAAACCUCUCCUGUUUGGAGACCAAAAGAACAAACAAACAAUUUUGGAUUCAUUUGAGGAGGCAAAGAAAAAAGCAAAAGAAAAAAGUGAGAGUGAUCGGUUUGCAAAAGACUGCCUUCAAAUUCACGAAACCCUGACCAAAAUACACAAAAUCGUUGCAAAGACCGAAGAAAACGCAUCUCUUUGCCAAACUGUCCUCCAAAAGUUAAGCGUUUUCUCUUCAACAUUGGAAAAUGUAAGCAGUGUGCAGAGUGACAUUUCAGAGCAGUUUAAAACGUUAUUGAACACAGUGAACUCCCACAAAGAGAUGAUGGCAGAAUUGGGGGAGCGGGUCCAAAAGAACGGAGACAGCGGCGCAGAAUUGGCUGCAAAUAUUCAAAAGGAUGUGAGUUGUCUGAGACGGGAGCAAGAGGAAGCCAGUUCGAAGCAAGAAAGGAUGCUCGAGGAGGCCUUGCAGAUGCUGAAUGGCAUUAUUUCAGAGCACUCAGGUAAGCUCUGUUCUGUUAAAGUAACCGACAAAGCCAUGCAGACAUCACCAGGACAGGACAAGGGGACCCAAACGGCGCAGAAUUCCCCGACACCAGAUAGCCAACUUCCCGAUCUGGAUUGCGUUGUUAGAAUGAAAAAGAAGAAAUGUACAAGCAGAUACAGAAGAAGACCCCUGGUCCGACGCAUAUCGAAUCACAUCGUCGUGAAUGAAAACAGUCAACCGGUCAUCGACUGCAGCGAACAGCUAAAUGUUUCGAGACCUGUCAGACAGACUCCUGACCUGAGUAAACUAAGCGUCGGUGGUCCGGAGAGUUCAGUACAGUCGAAGACAAAGGGCAGACCCAGCGAAACGACCGGAUGUUUUAUCACACCCCUCAGCUGCUGGUCCCAAGCCAAUAACAGGUUGGAAAGCCCCCCAAGAGUCAAUUGCAGCUCGCCGAUAGUGCUGCAUGACUCCAGUCCUACUGAUGCCCUGUGGCAGCUGUUUUUGUAGAAAAUGGGUCGGCGAAGUUUAUUAUUCAUCCGUGUGUCAAAACAAAGCCAUUUGGGUAUCAUUUAUUUGGUCGGAUAAAGAUGUUGACGGAAGUAAUUGCCGAUACUAAAUGCACACAUGACAUUUCCCUAAAAACGCGCAUAUAGUUUAUUAUAAAUGCCCUAUUUUUGAGGAAGAAGUAACAAGUUUAGCUUCUCUGCUCACAUUGGAGUCUAACUUAUUUUGUAUUCUUGCAGUUGACUCGCCUGUUCAAAAUAAAGCGUCAGUCGCAUAUUUGAUGUACAUUCUAAAAGUUAGGGUGAACAGUGACUACCGGUAUUGUUUGUGCUGAAUAUCAGCAAAUAUCAGUUUUCAUGAAUCAUUGACACGUCUCCAAAAUAA